UAAAAUAUAAGCAAAUAAAGAGAAAAAAAAAAUGGAGAUAUGUAUGCUAAAAAAAUUCUUCUCCUUUCAAAGUUCAAACUCAUCUCUAACGUGUCCACUUCUCCAUUACUGGCUAGAUUUAGCUGAAAUUGUCACCCACCUAGACUUUUUGUCACUUUAUAUAAAGCCCUCCCCCCUUCCCCACCCAUAUAACCUGCCAAAAAUUAAUCUCACAAGUGUAUUUCUUUCCACCAUCUUCUUCACCACUUGCUCCCCCACCUAAUCCUUCUAACCAUGCAAGCCUCACUUCACUUCUUCACCACCAUCACCACCACCACCACCACAACCAACUCAACAACCCCAAAUCAUGAAGCUCUCCUUCAUGCUCAGUAUCCAUUGUUUACAUGCAAAAUUCUUGUCAAUCCUUCCAAGAAAACAAUUCCUUGGAAUCCGUUAACAAGACCACCUCUUGAGGUUGAACCUAUGGUCAAGCCUGAACGUGUUUUGGUUCCACCACAAGGACCAAACUAUCCUGUUCACUUUAAUCCAUUUCAAAAGCUAGCAGCAUUAGCUUUAGACAAAAUUGAGACCUCGGUGAUCAUGCCACUAGAAAAAAAUCAUGACUUGCCUAAAAUGGUUGAUCCGGCGGUUCAAAUGUCAGGUAACUUUGCACCGGUUCAAGAGUGUCCGGUUCAGCAUGGGUUGGAAGUGGUGGGUCAGAUUCCUGCUUGCCUACGUGGCAUCUAUGUCCGAAACGGUGCAAAUCCUAUGUUUGCACCCUCCGGUGGACACCAUUUGUUUGACGGUGAUGGGAUGCUCCAUGCCGUUUGCUUGGGCCUUGGGAAUAGAGCUAGCUAUAGUUGCAGGUACACUCGAACGAGCCGGUUGGUUCAAGAAGCCCAGUUGGGUCGGUCCAUGUUUCCUAAACCAAUUGGCGAGUUGCAUGGGCAUUUGGGUUUGGCUAGGCUCGGUCUGUUCAUGGCUCGAACUGGUGUAGGCUUGGUUGAUGGUUCACAUGGCACGGGUGUGGCAAAUGCUGGACUUGUUUACUUCAAUGGGCGAUUAUUAGCCAUGUCGGAAGAUGAUCUUCCUUAUCAUGUUAAAAUCAAUGAUGAUGCUGAUCUUGAAACUAUCGGACGGUUCAAUUUUGAUGAUCAAAUUGAUUGUCCAUUGAUCGCUCAUCCCAAAUUAGAUCCUGUUACAGGUGAGUUGCACACUCUGAGUUACAAUGUUUUAAAGAAACCCUACUUGAAAUAUUUCAAGUUUGAUAAAUUCGGCAAAAAGUUAAGUGAUUUACACGUGGCUAUCGAGCAGGCAACGAUGAUUCAUGACUUUGCUAUAACAGAGAAUUUUGUAGUAAUCCCGGAUCACCAAAUGGUAUUCAAGUUAUCCGAAAUGAUCCGGGGAGGGUCACCCGUUGUAUAUGACAAAAAGAAGACAUCUCGGUUUGGAAUUUUGCAACAAAAUGAUGUUGAUGGAUCGAGAAUCCAAUGGAUUGACGUACCAAAUUGCUUCUGUUUCCAUUUAUGGAAUGCAUGGGAAGAAAAUUCUGAUAAUGGUGAUAAAAUAAUCGUCGUUAUUGGAUCCUGUAUGAACCCGCCGGACUCCAUUUUCAACGACUCUAAAGACCUGUUCCGAAGUGAGCUAUCCGAAAUCAGGAUGAACUUAAGAGCAGGAGAGUCAACACAAAGGGUUAUUAUAUCAGGCAUGAACUUGGAAGCAGGUCAAGUGAACCGGCAAUAUCAGGGUCGAAAGACUCGGUUCGUGUACUUGGCGAUAGCAGAGCCAUGGCCAAAGUGUUCUGGCAUUGCUAAAGUUGAUUUAGAGACAGGAGAAGUCACCAAGUUCAUGUAUGGACCAUGGCGUUUUGGGGGUGAGCCAUUUUUUGUGCCUGAAAAGAAGCAGAAAUUUGGGGACAAUAAUAGUGAAGCUGAAGCUGAAGCUGAAGCUGAAGAUGAAGGAUAUAUAAUGGGGCUUAUGAGAGAUGAAAAGAGGGAGAUUUCGGAGCUGGUAAUAGUGAAAGCUUUGAGCAUGGAGCAAGUGGCUGCCAUAAUGUUGCCUACAAGGGUUCCAUACGGGUUUCAUGGCACGUUUGUCAGCCAAGAAGAGCUAAGCCGACAAGUCGUCUGAAAAUAUAGCUAUAUAGCUUGGCUUUGGUGUAAUGUUUGUAUAUAUGGUCAAAUUAAUAUGGAAGCUUGUACAGCCUUUUUUUUUUUUAGUGUUCAUGUGCAUAAAUAAUAUUACCAUUAAUUGAAAAUUUCUUUUCUUUUCUUUUCAUUUCUUUUAUUUCCCUCGUGAAGAGAUCAGACAGACAGAGAUUGAGAGUUGUAAUAACACUAUGAUCCAUAAAAAUGACAAAUGCUAGGAAUCAGUGAUUAUUGUCUCAAAGUUGAGC